AUUUUUUACGUUGUUUUUCAGCUACUAAGAAGAUUACCGCUGUUGUUAUAGACGAGGAAAUAAUUUGCGUUUUAUUUAGCAAAUGCAGAUUGUGAAGUAAAACUAUAUAAAUUUGAUAACAAGGUUGCGUGUUAUGUAUUUCCACUCUUCCAGAAUCGCUAGCAUGCGUUCACUUUGUUAUAUUGUGAGUUAUAGUUAAUUGGGUAGUUUUAUGGACUCUAUUCAUUUCAAUAUGUCUGCAGCCGACGAAUUUGAGGAACCGGCCCCUACGCCCACUUAUAAUUGCAAAAGGUGUAAAAAGACUUUUUCUUGUAAAAGGGAUCAGCUACUUCAUAAAAAAGAAGUACAUUUUCAAGCAAAGUCAUCUUAUGAGUGCAAGUUGUGCUCCAAAUUUUUCUGCAAUGGUGGCAAUUUGGAACGCCACAUGAAGGUGCACAAUGAUGUGCGCCCAUUCGUAUGUCAUAUAUGCGAAAAAGCUUUCGCCCAAGCUGUUAACUUACAACGUCACUUUUCGGUGCAUAAUGGGGAAAGACCGUAUCAAUGCAACUUUUGUACCAAAUCCUUUACUCAACAGAGUAACAUGCAUCGCCAUCAACUAACUCACACUGGAGAAAAACCGUUCCGCUGUAAGCGUUGUGGUCGUUAUUUCUCUCAGCGUGUUAACCUUAAGAAACAUAUUAUGGGUCAUUUAAAUGCAAAACCCUACGCCUGUGGAAUAUGUCAAAAAUCCUUUAUUCAACUAAGUAACUUCAAGAAGCAUUUGCAAUCUCAUGUAAAAGAAGGUGUUGAAGUAGAUAUUGCAUCUACAGUUGCCGCAGCUACAGCGGCAGCACGCCAAAGUAUUGAGUUAGCAUCGCAACCUGUAGCUUUUGAGUGUGCAAUUUGUCGAAGUAUUUACGAUAACUUUGCUGAUUUUGAAAUGCAUGAGAGUGCCUGUACAGGUGCAGUGCAACCGAAAGUUGAAACUCUAGACACAAAUACCUCCGUUGACAUGUACUCUCCAAUGAAGUUCGAGGUUGCGCAUCUGGACACUCAUGAGAUAAUUAUUGAAACCACCCGAUAAAGUUAAUGUAUUGAAAUACGUAAUAUACAAGUAAUGUGAAAAAUAAAUUUAAAUUGACCUAAAAUA